UCUCUCUCAGACGAAGAAGGAGAUGACAAAGGUAAGUAGCGAGAAAUCGAAGAAGAAGCCAGCUAUGAAUGACAUGGUUUUCAUCGCCUCCAUGAACGACGACCUUCUACAUAACAUUCUAUUGAGGUUGCCGGCUAAAUCGUUUGCUUUCGCUUCCUGUGUUAACCGAUCCUGGAACAGCGUCUGCAAUAGAAUCCUCUCUCGCCCCAAAAUGAUCUCUGCGUUCUCACGUAAUCCUGAUCAACUCGUAGUGGAGACAAACCCUGGAAGUAUGGUUGAUCUGGUGGUUGGUGAGGACAGAAGAUUUCAGCGGCUAUUUAUGUCUUUCCAAUCUUGUAUACAUGGCUUUCAAACUGGUUGCCGGCCACUUCUUUUCCUGGAUGCCAUUUCAUUUAAGUCUAGGUAUCAUCAGAUUUUGUUAACCGAAUAACCCGAAAAUUCCGAAAACCUAGGGCUACAUCCGAGAGAUAUGUGCUCUCAAAAGUAUCUUUUGUGGCUAGAAUUUUGUUUACAGCGAGAUGAUUGAUGCCUGUUGUCCUUGACCAACUGUUGCGAAUCAUUGAAGUCUUUGACAUAUAACAUUUUUUGCAGUUAAA